AUGAGGAAGAAAACCAUUCCUAAAAGGCCUCCUUGUGAAAAGAUUUACAAGCUACCCACAAAGCCUUCCACUCGUUCUCAAGACCGGACCUUUACCCCUUCUCCUUCUCCUCCUACCUCUCCUCCUCGCUGUGACCCCAUGGCUUGGACCAAGAACACUCCAAGGUUCCCUGCCUCUGCCAAGCCAACGCCACCACCGAAAGUCACACCAUCCAAACCAGGUUCAUCGAAACCGAGUUCAUCCAAAGGGAAGCGUCCUGCAGCACCAGAACCUCCACCCGAGUCCACACAACCAAAGUCUAGGUCUGUUCCAUCACGUUCUCAAAGAGGUAAAACUCGAGUUCCUCUCACAUCUGUUAGAGAACCAGACAUUGAUCCUUUUGCUCACAAAUCACACUAUAUGACAUCUCACUCAGACUUUAACCCCCAUCGUUUCAAAUCUGCCAUGAACCACAAUUUCUAUGAGGGAGUCAUUCAGUAUCGUACUCUAUGUCCAUCUUUUCUGGCUGAUUUACCUGAUUUGAAAAAGAAAGUGAAACAGAACAAAGGACCCACUAGAUCUGAAAGAGUCGUCCUAGAUGAUGAAGAUGAGGACUUUGUCCCUGAGGAUUCUCCUGCUCCUUCUACCGAGGGUACUUCCAUUUCCACUGGGAAGAAAUCCACUUUGCUGAAUGUGGUCAAGGAUGUUGCUCAAGAGUUUGUCUCCCAAUCGAAUCACUUGAUUGAAUUGAGCAAAGAGCGAAGGAAGCUGGCGAGCAAACAUGAGAACUUCCUGAAGAAAUCAAGAGAUAGAGUGGCUGUGCUCAUUACCUUCAUUGAUAACCUUCAAAAUGAUGAAGACAUUACCACUGAUGCUGAAGAGGAAGCUUUGAUUGAUUCAGUUGAAUGA